AACAUCAGUAACAAUAAUAACAGUAUCGAUAGCAAUGCUAUUAAUUUUCCCACCAAUUCAAUGAAUGGGAAAAUCAGGGUCAGUAACUAGGGCCUACUGAUAGACUCCUUGCUGGCUGAGCACAUGUGGAGCCAUCUCUAUGUAACAAAAUUCACCAAAAACUACAGAGGACAGAACGUGAAUCCGGGGCAAAUGGGUUAAAUAGGGAUUAUGACAAGUUGAAGCUCAUGUACUAAUUGACUCCUUUCUGGCUGAGCACUUGUGUGGAGCUACCUGGGUGUAAACACAUUUCCAAAAUAAAACUACAAUGAACAUUACUUGUUCCCAGUAGCAGUUGGUUAUUGAAAUGCUUUUACAUAAAUUAUAGGUACUGGGUAAUUCAGGGCAUUCAAGCAAGCAGUGUUUGGUUUUUAUGAUUGUUGUCAGGAUAUGAGGCUUGAUUAUUUGAAUUUGUAAGGGAAGAUUAUUCUGGGCAAAUAUUGUAUGCAUAGGUAUGUUUGUGUAAAGGAACAUGUAACCCACAAGCAUAUGUCUCUUUUUUAGUUGUUAUUGCACUAUGUGGCUGAUAAUAUACAAUGUAUAUUUUGUUGUAUUGUCAUGAAAUGAACAUGUAUAUAAAUGAAAAAAAUCUUAAUUAAAUUUCUCCAUAUCUCAGGCUUCCUCUGACAGAAGUGAAGGAAUUGCAGUAUGUAUCUAUGUUUGGAUGAGAUAUCUUUCUAAUUGUUUAUUAAAAAGUGUUGGGUAAUGCAGUGUAGCAUGCCAUGUGCUUAUACUAUGUCGAUGCUUAACAGUAGUUGAUAUAGAAAUAUAGUCAUUCUAAAAUGAGUGUAACAGAUAUCUCAAUUGAUAAAUAUUUUUGGCCUGAGGAAGUGUAUAUGAUAAAUUUCCACCACUUGUCAGUAUGUUUAGUAUUGAAAAAAAAAGAAAAAAGAAAAAAUGGAAGAUUAAUAACACAAAAACACAAUCAUAUUCACACAUACACCCAGAUGUACAUACAUACAGGUACAUACACAGGUAUUUCUAAAAAAGAAUAAUUGAGCAGCUGAAGUUGUCAGUAUUGAGUCACUCUUAACAGCUACAUUAAUAAGAAAUAACUAAGGAUUUAUUUAAUUCUAUAUCACGGCCUUAUGAGAUGAAGGUGUAGAGCAAUAGUUUCCAACUUAUAGCUCAGGGUAGCUUGAACUGUAUUAUGCAGCCCAAAAGGGUUCAUUAAAAAGUUCUGAUGUCUUUGCUUGUUUUCAGAGUUUUGAGUAAAUGUUAUAAGAUAUUGUAGCAUUACUAAUUAUAUAUUCACAUUUGCAUUGUGGAAGAGGAGCUUUAUAUACGUUUAAUAGAUUUAGAAUAUUAUUUGUAAUGUACAUUGUUUAUGAAGCAGAAGAUUACCAUUCUUUAUUUCAACAGGAUCAACUGUACCACAUCAACGUGUGUGGGCAAGUGAAUGAAGGAAGGCACUACCACUGUCCUCCAGGAGUCAUUGGUGCAUGCCAGACCAGCUUUGAUGCCUUGACAGCCCACAACCUGGGUUUCCUUACUUCACACCCAAGGGUUAAUGAGGAUGGCUCUCUUACCAUUACAUACACAGGUGGAGAUCAGUGUCAGGAUGGAAAACAUGCACGCUCUACAAGAAUCAACUUAAUAUGUAACGACAUUGAAUAUGAACCAGUGUUGGUAGAUGAAACUUCCACCUGUGAAUACAUAUUCACAUGGUUAACACCAGCUGCUUGUCCACGUCACAUAAAAAAAGGGACAGAUUGCUUAGUAGAAGAUCCUCUUUAUGGAUAUGUGUAUGAUCUAAAUCCAUUGAGAAAUCAAAUGAAAGAUUAUAAUGUUACUGAUGGAGAGCAUGACUAUUUGAUAAAUAUUUGUGGACCCCUUGUAUCAAAAUGCAAAGGAGAGAACCAAUCUGGUGUUUGUCAAAUCAAAGGAGAUGAACAAUUUAGUGGAGGAAUGGCUACUAGUAAUAUCACAUUUAAUGAUGGGACAUUAGUGAUGAAUUACAAUGGUGGAACUGGAAGUUGUGCAGGCAAUAACACAAGAUCUGCCCAAAUAAUUUUCUUAUGCGAUCAGAAUGCAAGUGGCAGAGAUGGUCCUCACUUCUUCCAUGAAGAUGAAACUUGCACUUAUCACUUUACAUGGCUGACAAUGCAUGCAUGCCCUCCAUUUAGUGUUGUGGACUGCAGUGUAGUUACUGAUAAUGGGACAAUUUAUGACCUUAAUGAAUUGUCAUCAUCUAGUAUGAAUGAAGAAUACUCUACAUCAGCUGGAAAUCAAAAGUUUGUGCUGAAUGUUUGUAGGUCAGUGGUCCAUAACAAAGAGAGUAGGUGUCCAUACAAUGCAGGUGCAUGUGUAAUUGAUUUGAAGCACAAAGAUAAGGCAUUGAAUAUUGGAAAGGUUCACAGUGGACCUUAUAUAGAGGAUGGCAAUUUGAAAAUAAAGUACAGUGGUGGAGAUCCAUGUGGUGAUUCUACCCAGCUUUCUGAAACUAUUAUUCAGUUCAACUGUGAUAAGGAAGAACUCUAUGCAUAUCCACAACUGAUAACACAAGAGGGUUGCAAAUACAUAUUUGAAUGGAACACACCUAUUGCCUGUCCCAUGCCACUUAUAGACCAUACCACAAGUGCUCCAGACACUAAGGGUAAUUGUACUGCAAAAAAUGACUUUACUGGCUAUGUCUUUGAUCUGAAUUCUUUAAAAAAGAAAAUGGGCUAUGAAAUACAGGAUAGUGGUAAAGUCCAUAUUGUUUUAAAUGUCUGUGAUGAAGUAGAUACAAAACGAUGUCCAGACAAGGGAUCAGGAGCAUGUUCUUAUACCCAUGAUAACCAUACAGAUAAUGCAAGUGCUGGAAAAGCAAAUGCAAACUUGCAGUAUCACCUUGGUUUUCUUUCCCUUUACUAUACUGGUGGACAAGCUUGUGGAAAUGGAGAACAACGUUCCACUCUUAUAAGCUUUAUAUGUGGAGCUGAAGAUGCACCAGAUAUGCCUGUCCUUAUACAUGAAGACCUAGAUAAAUGUAUCUAUUAUAUCAACUGGUAUACUGACUUGGCUUGUGAACGUAGGAUCAAUUGCUUUGUGGAUACAUGGGAACAGCGACUGGACUUGACACCUCUGAUCAGGUCAACUAGCAACUAUGAAGUUUCAAAUCCUGAGAAUCCAAAGCAGAAGUUUUACUUGAAUGUGUGUAGACCACUCAACCAUAUCGUUGGCCUGAACUGUCGCCCAGGUUCCUCUGCAUGUCUUUCUAUGUCAGACUCUGAAGCCUUAAGUCUUGGCCAACCAAUUACAACUCCACAAUAUAUACCUUCAGAUGAAAUUCAGAUGAUUUAUUCUCAUGGAUCUAAGUGCUUAACAAACUCUGCCAUAGGGAUUUCUUCACGAAUCACAUUUAUUUGUGAUUUAGAGGCAGGCAAGGGAAGCCCAACAUACAAAAAUGUAACCCAUGAUUGCCAGUACCUGUUUGAGUGGCGAACAGCACUUGCAUGUGAAAACCGCCAAAAUGUCCCUGAUUCAGGCCCUGUGUGCCAAAUCCAGUUUAAUGCUGCAAAGACAAAUGUUAAUCUGAAACCUUUGAACAGACCAGAGGGAUAUUCUGUUAAGUUUGAGGAUAAGGAGUACAAAAUUAAUGUAUGUGGGGCAGCUUGUGGUGAAUCUGGUGUAUGCACAAGUGAUGGAACUAGUUUUGGUCUGAGCAGUAAGUCUGACUUAAAUUGGGAUUAUGACAAGUUGAAGCUCAUGUACUAUGGUGGUGACAGUUGCAGUGAUGCACUGUCAGGACAAAGAACCACAAUCAUAUACUUUUCAUGUAAUAUGAGUGCGGGAUUGGGAUACCCAGUCCCUGAUCCAAUAAUGAGGGAUUUAGAAUGUGCAGCAAUAUUCAACUGGGAAACUAAUUUAACCUGCAUUGAAGCCAUUUACAAUAUAGAUGACUCUUCUCACAGCAAACCUAUAAAUUCUGACACAGUUAUACCAGAUAAUGAAUCUCAUGAAGCUGAAAAACCUUCUGCUGAAGAAGGCAAUAGUGAUAGCCCUUCUGCAGACCAACAGCAAACGGAACCAGAGAGUGCAUAUUCAACAGUAUCUGCUGCCAUUUCCAGUGUCCUCAUUGUUACAGGAAUCAUAUUUGUGAUUAUCCUGGUUUUAUUCAAGUCUGAGCGGGGACAGCAAGUGGUGUCAUCUGCCAGGAGAUUCUUCGGCAUGAGAGGGUAUUCAAACAUAACCCAGUCACGCAUGGAAAAUUCCUCGCUUAUAAGCCCAUCUUCUUAUGCUAGAGUGUACAGAGUGGAUGAAAGUGAUGAUGAUCUUCUUAAUGUAGUAACCUAAAUGUAGACAAUGUACUAUUUGCAUAAAAGAAAAUGAUAAGAGUCCACUUCUAAAAAGUCAUAAGGCUUUUUAUAAAUUAAAUAUUUUUUUUUAGUGGCAGCCUGAAUCUUAUGGAUAUUAAUUUGAGCUUUCUUUUAUGUAAAUAAUAAGGGUGUAUGCAGAAAGUAUUUAACCAAACAACCAUUAACUCUGAGGAAGAACAUUCUAAUAUUACUCCAUAGCACAAUCACAUAACGCCUAAAAAGGUAUUUUUGAGCACAAGGGCAACUAAUAAUUGGUAAUUUGUAGUUACAGUACUAAUGUAUUUUGAUUUCAUUGUUAUAUAUAUAUAAUACACAUUUACACAUUUACACAUUUACACAUUUACACAUUUACACAUUUACACAUUUACACAUUUACACAUUUACACAUUUACACAUUUACACAUUUACACACACACACACACACACACACACACACACACACACACACACACACACACACACACACACACACACACACACACACACACACACACACACACACGAAAGAUAAGUGUGUAUAUAUAAUACUGAUAUUUAUAACAUACACCUCUAUAUUUGCUUAUGUAUGAGGAGGCUAGAAAUCUGUCUUGGCUGAGGUGAAGGGUCACUUAUGUUGUGUUGAGUUGUCAAAGUCUUAAGCCUUAACUUUUUUGCAAAAUUUGUAAUCUGAAAGAGCAAACUUUUAGGGUCCUUGCACACCAAGAACCCUGAGGCUCUACAGUGAAGUUAAUUGGUAGACGGAAAGGCCUAUAUCAUAAGUGAAGUAUCAGUAGAACAGCAAAGAUAAUUUUUUGGAUAUUAUUUUUUUCUCAGAUAUUAUGUACUGUGUUAUCAGGGAAAGCACAAACCCUCCAGUUAACAAUAUAUGACACUUACCUUUGUUGUCAGCAUAAGAGGAAAGUGAUGUUAUCUCGUAUGGCUUUGUAGUUGUUUAGUAAUCUGUUUCUUGUCACUGGGUAAUUUGUAAAGUAGUGGGAAUCAGCUGAUAUUAGGGAAUAUCUUAUUCUGAUUUUAGUUAUAGGAUACUGUAACUGCUGUGACUACUAUUUUCUAGAAACCUGAACUAUCUAACUAUUGUAACCUUAAAGGUAAUCCUGAAAUUCAUUCAUAUGAUUCCAACACAGGGUAAUGUUAAUAUAUCAUUAGUGAUAUUGCCUACCUUGACAAGCAGUUUAUCAACCAAUUUGCAGUUUUCAAGGUAAAACUAUUGGGUUUCAUUUGAACUGUGAGACUCUGGCAGGGUUUGUGCAUAAAUCUUGUGAUGUAGUUAACUUUGUGUAGAAACUGUCAUCCUGAGAAGAGCUUUGGUGACCAUAUAUAUAUAAUUUGGUUCAGUCACACAGAUUCACUUUGUAUGUACAAUAGUAAUAUCACCAGUUUAUUAGAAAGGGUAUUUAGUAGUGUCAUAUUCAGAAAUCCACUCUUAGUCAGUCCUUAAUAGCAUAGGAGUUACUAAAAACUUUUGAGUGUCUUUAUAAUGAUUUUGUUGAUAAUGUAGAAAAUCCAUUCAGUGUAGGGGGUGAUUUUCAAACACACACAAUUGAUCAGAGUAAACUAGAUUGAAGAAGAAUUUGACUGUCUCUUAGUAUAUGGUUGAGUACAAUUUACUCACUUACUGUUGGUUAUAAACUUUGGUUAAUUUUAGUUAUAUAGUUGAUGAUUAUAUUUGAAGGAUGAUUUAGUAGUAGGCUAUAUAAUAUUUUUGAUUGAUGAAUGUCUUAUAAACAGGUUGAAUGUGAAAAUGUACCUGAUGGACAAGUUGAGUGGUUAGUGUAACAUUUUGGAAAAUAAUGUAUUAGUUAAGGAUAAUAAUUUCAAUAAGAACUGUUAUUUAUCAUUUGCUUGCUUUUUAUAUGUAUCUUCAAGCUUUAACCUUCUAUUGCACUGCUGCUGUUUUUUUUGCAUUUUUCUAAUCUUCUCUAGGUAGUUGCUUUGGGAUGGUAACCAAACUGUCAUGACAUUGAAAAUACUAAUUCAGCAUCACUUGUUUGGUUCUAGUGACUUUGUGUUCUGUUUGAAUGAGGUCAGUUACAGCUAAGUUUGAGGCAUUGAUUAGAAAUAGCAGUCAUAAAGUUUUAUUACUAAUAUAAUUAAUUGUUAUUGGUGAGCAUGAAGUUUCAACACUAUAAAAGAGAGAGAAAACAUGUUAUACCAGUUGUAAAAUGUUUUGUAUGUAUUUUGAAAGGAGUCCAGAACACAUUAAGAUUUUUGUUCUUUUUGUUAAAAGAAAAGAUGCACAAUCUCCAUAAAGAAAUGUCUUUCAGAUUGUUUGUAAUCGAUAUUUUUCACAACAACAUCAUUAUUGUGAUAUUAUUUGGAGGUUUAUGCUUAUUUCCAUUUCAAAGCUUUGAUUGUUUGCAUUUAAAGCUAGUUAUUGUUUUAUUGUUGAGAAUUCCUAAUUUCCAGUAUCUGUAAUUGGCACAAAAGCUAAAAAAAAUACUUUUUGAUAUGUUCUCUAUUUUUGUUCUUCACAUCCUUUGUUCUUUAUUUUUGUUCUUCAAAAAGCACAUUUAUAUAAUCAGAAUUUAAUUUUGAAUAAUAUGUUUUGCAUUUCUUGUUCUAGCACCUCCACUCUGCUCUUGGAUGACAUGAUGUAAAACACCAGCAUCUACAUGGUAAAGUGGAAUUCGACGGAUGGGUAAUGUUAUUUAUUCAUCUUAAAGUAGGUUGUGUAUCACUACUAUAUCUGUAGUGAUUUAUUUUGUUAUAGGGCUGUAUUACCAUAUUGUUAUUAUGAAGAAGAUCCACUAUUUAAAAGAUUAUCAGUGAUAAAGUAAUGAGCUAUGUUGCAUAUACGUUUGAUUAUGUAUUUUAUUUAGCCUGUGUUUGAAAUGUGAAUAUUCACCCUUUUUGUUUAAUGUAGUAAGAAAACAAACUGCUAUAUAUUUAUAGUGAAUAAUUAGUAAUGAGAAAUCUAUAUUUGAAAAUCAUUGUGGUUACCCUUUUUUAAUUUAGGGUCAUUGCUCUGUCAUUAAACUAUUUAGCAGUGUUUACUUUUAUGAGCUUAAAUCAUUGUUUUGUUAGACUACUGGAAUUUGUUUUUGUUUUGUUUUGUUUUGUUUUAUUUUAUUUUAUUUGAAUAUUGUGUUAUCUUGUCUUUGAAGUAGUUAUUUCAGUUGCUCAGCAACCCCAAGUAAUGUAUCCUAAACAUCAACGUUCAAAUACUGCUUUUCUAAGGAAAGAUAAAAUUUGUCCCUGUGGUAAUUUACAUGAGAUGAAUUGCUCUACCUACAGAUUUUUCUUGAACUAUACUUCAAAAUUAAUUAAUACUUAUGCUUCUAUGUAAUUUUACAUAGACAAGAAGUUUGCAGACCUAUUCUGUGUUCACAGUCAUUCUCUUAUAUAUCAUGGGAAGCAAUGUUUGAUACAACAAAGGACUUGAGUACUGUAAAAUAGAAUUUAAAAUUUGCAAGGACAUUAAAAAUUUACCCAUUAGCUAUGAUUAUUUUUAGUUAAAUAAUCAAUAAGAUUUAGUUUAAAGACUGAUAAUUUGAAAUGCAAUCUGCUUACAAGAUAUCCUGACUAACAUAUAUUUGUAAAGGUUAUUUUGGUGCUCAUGAUGUAAUUAAUGCUAGUCUUUGCAGGAGUAAUAUGAAGAUGAAGAAUGGUAGCCUUGCUAUAUAAAUAAGAAAAAUAUAACACACACACACACACACAUACACACACACACACACACACACACACACACACACACACACACACACACACACACACACACACACACACACACACACACACACACACACACACACACACACAUAUAUAAAGAAAAGAAAAGAAAAUAUAGAAGCAACAUAAUACAUACAUGGAAUAUGCAUUUAUGUAUAGUUGCAAGUUUUUGUAAAAUCCAAGUAGACUAGUCAUGUCGAUACCAAGUUCACCCACUAGUCUAUCUGAUUUUUCAUCUCAUAAAGUGGACGUCCAGAAAAGCAAGUGUGGAUUAUUUAUCUUAUUCCAAUAUGUUCAUACCUCAUGCAAUUUUAAGGUUACUGAGUACAAGGACCGUGUAUACCCAAGGGGGGAAUAUACUGUCUUGUUGAUAUACUUUCCCUUUUCCCUCCUGGAUGAAAUGAGGUACCAGUUAUGAAUCUCCUCACAUUUUUCAGAUUUUUUAAAGAUUUCAAGCAAAAGGUAAUUAAAUUAUCAUUUACUAUAUUGUGCAAUUAUAUGAAAAAAAAAAAAUUAAAACCAGUUCUUUAGUAGCUACUUUUCUAGUCUUUAACCCUACACUGAUGGUGCCAGAAUUUUCUGUGUGGCACUCAUUCUGGCCAGCCCUACCUUCGUACCUUGCCAGAGUGAGUUAUGAAGCCUUUAGCUGUACCUGUCAUGAUGAGUAGGUUUUUGAUGACAGCUAUCAGCGUGGCCAUCUAUAUGAGGUUAAAAGACAAGAGGAGGUAUUCGUUUACUAAAGCUUAGGUUGCAAUAAUAUAAUUUUUCUCCCAUUUUAUUUGAUGUGAUGUGUAAGCUUGCGCUUUUGUUUAGGGAAAUCUCUUUUGUCAAGGUAUGUUACUGCAGAUUAUUGGCAUUGAGAUUAUUACAAGCAGUUAGCAGUAAAAAUGCAAUAUUAGUCGUUAAACAUAUAUACUUAACUUAACACAUCACUAUUUAAAUAUAUCAGUCCAUGACAUUCAAAUGAAGUAAUAUGAUUUAACAUGAAUCAGGAGUCAGUAAUGUACACAAAUGUUUGGAUAUUUCUGUUUCAAGAAAUAUUUGCUACCAUUUAAGAGUGAUAAAAGACAAGAUAUAGAAGAAGGAUUUCUUUGAUAUAGAGUAAGAUAAUUUCUUUGAUUUUUGAUGAUAUAUAAGCAAAGGAUGUUUGCUAUAAAGAGGUCUUCAGUAAAAUUGUAAUUUUUGUAGUGAUAUUCAUUCUUUCCAUUAUAGGUUAUUUUCUUUUCAUGUUGUGAUCUUGUGAUGUUUGUAUAUAACGAAUAUAGCUGUAUAUCCAAAGUGUGGUCAUUUACCUAUUUAAAGUUGAAUUGUAGGUUAUUUAUCUAUACAUUUUGAGUGUUGAGUGCCUGCAUAACAUAUAGUAUAUUUAAUUGUGACAAGUUUUAGUACAUACCAAAAGAAUGUCACAUGCACAUGCUUAUACACAUACACAGCAUAGAUACAACACACACUCACUUGCUCAGAUGAACCCUCUCACCCAACCACUCAUUCAGUCACCCAUCCACCCAUGCACAUUCACUGAAACUCAUUCACCUACACCCUCACUCAUCCACGUGCUCAUCCACCCACACCCUGACCCAUCCACAUGUUCAUCCACCUACACGCUUGCCAUCCACAAGUUCAUCUAGCCACACACUCACUCAGUCAACAUUCAUGCAUUUAUUUACUCACCCAUUCACUCAAACUCACACACACACUCACUCUCAUGUACUCAACACACAUGCUCUUGCUUAAUGACAAAUGUACACAAACUUAUAUACACCAGCAGUCAUAUUUAUUCAUAAGAGGCUUAUGAGUGUUACCUUAGGUAAUUUCUAAUUGAAUAUGUGUAUAUAAUGGAACUAUGGUCAUUGCUUCUCUGUAUAAAAAACAUUUGCUAAUGUAAAAAUGUCACAUGAUUUCUAUAAUAUGAAUCUUUGUUAAAGUUUCCUUACAAAUCUCCCAAUAUUUCUUAAUUUACAUUAGUCAGUCUUGAUUUUUAAUUUUAAAAAGAUACAAGAAAAUGGAUAUGAGUAAUAUGAAAAUGUUUAUGACUGAUGUUAAGAGUAAACUUGGGACACAUGCACAGUAUAAUUGUAUUUUACUUAUAUCAUACUUUGAACAAGUGUAGAUUAUACCAAAGCACCUACUGUACUCUUGGUAUUAGUAUAAUUUCAAAAGCUUGCUACAAGAAAGUGCCUUCAACAUUUAUUAUUAAAAGCUAUGAUAGGUCUUAACUAAUGAAAUGAUGGCAUAUUUCAGUUUUCAUGUUAAUAAUUUGGAAAAGAAAAAUGUAUUUUGUUGUGGUUGCAAUCUAAAACUAGAAAUUACAGUAAGGCAACUUGUAGUAAUCAGUCAACCAGUGUAAGAAUAUGGUAUUCAACAAUUGGCUUUGAUUGAAGUUAAAAUCUUAUAUAUUCAGUGAUGUUAUACAUUCCAGGGUAAACAAUCUCCAUGAAGGAAUUGGCAAGUUUUUGAAGUUAACAGUACUACCUGGAUGAAAGUAAACAGAAGUACCUUCUUCCAUUCUGUAAAUUCAAAAGGCUGUGUAUGAGACAAAUAAACAUGUAAAAUUA